AUGUUUCGCAAGGAUGACAUUUUUGCAACACCCCAAGAGCGCCGGAAGAAGUUACGCUUUCGGGGUGAUUUGGCGGCGCACUUCAAUCGUGAUCCCGUCGGUUCCGGGAUAAAUGGAACGUCUGGCAAUAAUCGCAUUGAGGAAGUUUCAUCGGAUGACGAUACAAAACGGUUGAAUAAUGGAGAAACGGCACCGGAGCGACCAGAACGUGGUAGCCUGUACGAUUUCGUUCGUAUAGAACUUACCAGAGGUUAUGUGCUGGAACACGACGAAGAGCGCUACUCAGCACGGCGUGAGAAAAUAUACUCGUUCCUGAAGAUUCCGCGCGAGCUAGAAUGCUUCAUGCUGUACGGUGUGCUACAGUGUGCCGAUUCGUUCCUGUACAUCUACACCUUUCUACCGAUAAGAUACAUCCUAGCACUGUGGGCACUAAUUAGCAGACCGAUCGCACGCUGUCUCGGAUUUCGACGUCCGUCCCAAAGGUUACUGGCACCGGCAGAGAUUUGUGACCUACUAAAGGGCACCAUAUGGAUAAUCUGCAGUUACACGCUACUGUACGUCGAUACGAACAUGCUUUACCACUUGAUCAAGAGCCAGUCGAUCAUUAAGCUGUACAUAUUCUACAACAUGCUCGAAGUGGGCGAUCGCUUACUGUCCGCAUUCGGGCAAGACACGAUCGAUGCAUUGUUCUGGACUGCAACCGAGCCAAAGCACAGCAAGCGGCAGCACCUCGGCACGAUUCCCCAUUUUUUGUUCGCGAUCGUGUACGUGACGUUGCACAGCGUGCUGGUAAUGUUUCAGGCCACCUCGUUGAACGUGGCCAUCAACUCGAACAACAAAGGUUUGCUGACCAUCAUGAUGUCGAACAACUUUGUUGAAUUAAAGGGCAGUGUGUUCAAGAAGUUUGACAAGAACAACCUCUUCCAGCUAAGCUGCAGCGAUGUUCGCGAGCGGUUCCACCUAUCCGUGCUGAUGCUGAUCGUGCUGAUACAGACGAUGAAGGAGUUCAGCUGGAAGUCGGAACAAUUUUUCGUGAUGAUUCCGGACUGUAUGUAUGUAAUGUUUACCGAGUGUCUGGUGGACUGGAUCAAGCACGCAUUCAUUACGCGGUUCAACGAGAUACCUUGCGAUGUGUAUCGGGAGUACACGACAAGUUUGGCCUACGAUAUGACGCAAACGCGACAGAAGCACGCAUUCAGUGAUCACUCCGAUCUUGUCGCCCGGCGCAUGGGCUUCAUACCGUACCCACUCGGGGUUAUCCUGGUGAAAGCUCUCUACCAUGCGCUGUCGUUUGAUAAUGCUGGUUCGAUUGUCAUACUGUUCGUUGCGUUCCUGGUGUUGCUUAGUGCCCGUGUGUUGAACACAAUUUGUGCCCUCGGUAAGGCUUGUGAUCUUACGCAGAAGCACCAGGAUGAGCGGAAUCAAAGUGGAUGCAAUCCGCUUACUUCCACACCCCUGCCGAGUAAUGUCCGGGCUGCUGGUGGGAUUGGUGGCCGUGCGACAAGCGAUACAGCUACAUCGCCGAUCCAUCGUUCACAUGCAGCACAGUCCGCAAAUCUAAUCACAUCUUCGACCGGUAUGGUGAUCACGACACUUUCUCCAUCCACGCCGCAAUCGACACCGAUGUCGGUGGGCAAAUCUACAAGCUCGUUGGCAAGUUCCGCGAGCAACAGCUCAACCGACGUGCUGCGCAAAACAUCCGGGCUCGGUGCGACCGCUCUGUUUUCCAACAGCGACGUUGAUCUAGAUGACGUCAAGUUGAACGAUCAGGUAUUGAACGGAAGUAGCACUGGGAAUGGGGACUCCAGCGUAAGUCGUACCCAAAAAGAGGAGGAAGAAAAUGUAGCUCGCAGCGUGCCGGAUCUUCAGCAAGAGCCAGGGCUUGAGAAAACACCAGGCCGGCAUCAGAACGAAUCGGUUGGAUGUGAAGGAGGAGACGGACCGUUGCACCUUCAUCACCACCAUCAUUACGUGCGGACACAUAAACGGUCCGAGUCAGAACCAUCGAUCCAGCUGGAAGGUGGAGGGUAA